AUGAAGGUCCUCAGUCUAAAUUUCCUAGCCUGCGCGGUCAAGGCGUGCAAAAGCUCCUCAAAUUCAUAUCCCCUUCAUCCUAAAGAUGCAGAGCUGGUGCAGGACGAUAUUGAGGUGAACGCUCAACUACUGCUCAACGUACUGCCCCGCAUCGAUUGGACCGCCUUGUCUACAACGGCUACCGAACUCGGCUUCCCAGCCCUACCUCCCCAGGCGCCCUCAGUGGAAGAGCUGCAAGGCGACGAGCAGAAGAUGAAGGACCUGCACAAUCUACUCAUGGAAACGCAGAUCAUGGAGGGCAAGCUUGUGUGCGCCAACUGUGGCCACGAGUACGCCGUCCGUGAGGGCAUCGCCAAUUUUCUUUUGCCGAGCCACUUGGUUUAA